AUGUCCAAGCCCGAGGAGACCCCCCAGAACAAUGACCUCCAGAUCGCCGAUGGCGAGAUCGAGUCUAACUGGGAGUCGGUCAUCGACAACUUCGACAACAUGGAGCUGAAGCCCGACCUCCUCCGCGGUGUCUACGCUUACGGCUUCGAGCGCCCUUCGGCGAUCCAGGCCCGCGCCAUCGUCCCCGUCAUCAAGGGCCACGAUGUCAUUGCCCAGGCCCAGUCCGGUACCGGCAAGACUGCCACGUUCUCGAUUGCCAUUCUGCAGCGCAUCGACCCCUCGAUCAAGGCCGUCCAGGCCCUGAUCCUGGCCCCCACCCGUGAGCUGGCCCAGCAGAUCCAGAAGGUCGUCAUCGCCCUCGGCGACUACAUGGACAUCAACUGCCACGCCUGCAUCGGCGGCACCAACGUCCGCGAGGACAUGGCCAAGCUCGGCGAGGGCGCCCAGGUCGUCGUCGGCACGCCCGGCCGUGUCUACGACAUGAUCAACCGUCGCGCCUUCCGCACCGACAACCUCAAGAUGUUCUGCCUCGACGAGGCCGACGAGAUGCUGUCGCGCGGCUUCAAGGACCAGAUGUACGAGGUCUUCCAGCUGCUGCCCCAGGACACCCAGGUCGUCCUGCUCUCGGCCACCAUGCCCCAGGACGUCCUCGAGGUCACCAAGAAGUUCAUGCGCGACCCCGUCCGCAUCCUCGUCAAGCGCGACGAGCUCACCCUCGAGGGUAUCAAGCAGUUCUACGUCGCCGUCGAGAAGGAGGAUUGGAAGCUCGACACGCUCUGCGACCUUUACGAGACCGUCACCAUCACCCAGGCCGUCAUCUUCUGCAACACCCGCAGGAAGGUCGACUGGCUCACCGACAAGCUGACGUCGCGCGAGUUCACCGUGUCGGCCAUGCACGGCGACAUGGAGCAGGGCCAGCGCGAGGUCAUCAUGCGCGAGUUCCGCUCGGGCUCGUCGCGUGUCCUCAUCACCACCGACCUCCUCGCCCGUGGCAUCGACGUCCAGCAGGUGUCGCUCGUCAUCAACUACGACCUGCCCUCGAACCGCGAGAACUACAUCCACCGCAUCGGCCGUGGCGGUCGUUUCGGCCGCAAGGGUGUCGCCAUCAACUUCGUCACCACCGAGGACGUCCGCAUGCUCCGCGACAUCGAGCAGUUCUACAGCACCCAGAUCGACGAGAUGCCCCUCGACGUCGCCAACCUCAUCUAA